CGGAAGUGAAAAUUUUAGAAGUUGAUUUGAAAUGAACUUUAAUAAUUUUAUGUUAUUUUGCAAUACUUUUUAAAAUUGGGAUAGCAUUUAUUAUAAAUUGAAGAUGUCUGUCGAACCAUCUCCACAUCUUGAUGUGGCUGAAUCUAUACCUAGUGAAAACACUGCUGAAGAUGAUAUGUUAGAUCCUGUACCAAGUGUUUCUUCAUCAUUACCACCAGUUGUAGGAAUAAGAAGUGACCAUACUUAUAAUAGCAGUGCUAGUUAUGAAGAAAUAGAUCUGGGUGAUGGCUGGAGAAAAAGAUUGAUCCAGAGGUUCGGGAUGAAAACUGGUAAAAAAUAUGAUGUUGUUAUUUAUAGCCCAGAGGGACGUAAGUUCCGGACACGUCAAGAAUUAGCAAGUUUUUGUGAAAUGAAUGAUAUUGAUGUAGAUUUGAGUAUAUUUUCUGUGAAACCAGGAGACAUACCAGGCCAAGAAGAUGCUGAGGAGGACACGGAAGAACAACUAGUGUCAGAAGAAGUACCUGGACCUGCUGUUGUUGAUGAUACUUCUGAACCUACAGUUUCUAAUGGUGGUGAUGUAAAGUCUUCAAGUAAAGAAGUUAAACAAAAAAGGAAAUCAGUUGAUUCAGCAAAGAAAACUAAAACAAAAGGCAAAGAAUCAGAUAAAAUUCUUCCGGCAGAAUCCAGCAGUGGAGACCAUACCUAUAUAGCAUCAGGAGUCAGUGAGGAUGAGGAAUUGCUGCCACCAGGCUGGAAGAAAAGAGUUGUCCAGAGAUCUGGGGGUAAAACUAUUGGACGUUUUGAUAUUUAUGUCUACAGUCCCGAUGGCAAAAAAUUCAGGUCCAAAACAGAAAUUGCAGCAUUUUUAGACCAGAACAAUAUUACUCAUAUCACUACUGAUGAUUUUGAUUAUGUUAAAAUUAAGAAUAAGGAAUUAGCCAAAUAUGGAUUCACAAAUUUUAAAACUUCCACCCCAUCAGAGAAAAAAUCUGCCAAGAAAGAAUCAGUGAGAAAAGACAAAAAACAAAGUGAAAAAGUGAAGGUGAAAAAAGUAUCUCCAACUAAAAAAGUGUCGACGCCUGUUGGAGGAUCGAAAUUAGUCAUCAAAAUGUUUUCAACUCCGUCCCCUAAAUUGAAAAAUGUGAAAAAAAAUAGUGCUGGAGGGAUGAAAAAGACAUUUUCACCUUUCAAAGCCACGAAAAAGCGAAAGCGUUCAGUAUCUGUGGAGAAAAGCCUUGACACUCUGAUGUUUCAGUUGAGCCUGGCGCCGUCAGAAAUAUUAGCUGCAGACGUCAAUGAUACUAUCGUGGAUUAUCUCGAAGAUGACGAUGACAUCGUACAUGAAUACGUGGAUCAAAAUCAAUCCUUGGAACUCUUUGAUGAUAAAUCCACUGAAGGUUCUGGGUUGGAUAGUUCUGGAAACGCUACGGCAACCAGCAUCGAGGAUAGACUCUCUGACUCAGAAAUCUACACAAGCGCCAUCUCGCGAUUAGAAAAAUCUGAAAUGAAUGGCGAUCGUGGGAUAUCCCCUGACAGUGAAACUGAUAUUUCCAUG